AUGGUGGUUCCCGCGACUCCCCCCACCCUGCGGGCGCCCUGCCUCGGGGUCCUGGCCUCCCUGUUGAUUCUGGCCGCUCCAGCCACACUGGAUGCUGUCAAGACGGCUGGCCCCCCAGCCUGCGGGAAGCGCCUGCAGCUGAACCGGAUCGUGGGGGGCGAGGACAGCUCCGACGCCGAGUGGCCCUGGGUCGUGAGCAUCCGGAAGAACGGCACCCACCACUGCGCGGGCUCCCUGCUCACCAGCCGCUGGGUGCUCACGGCCGCCCACUGCUUCAAGGAUAAUCUGGACAAACCAACCCAGUUCUCUGUACUGCUGGGGGCCUGGCAGCUGGGGAACCCUGGCCCGAGGUCCCAGGAGGUGGGUAUCACCUGGGCGCAGCCCCAUCCUGUGUACUCCUGGAAGGAGGGCUCCCGCGCUGACAUAGCCCUGGUGCACCUGGAGCACGCCAUCCAGUUCUCUGAGCGCGUCCUGCCCAUCUGCCUGCCCGACUCCACCGUCCAGCUCUCUCCGGAUACCGACUGCUGGAUUGCCGGCUGGGGGAGCGUCCAAGAUGGAGUGCCCCUGCCCCACCCUCAGACCCUCCAGAAGCUGAAGGUCCCCAUCAUCGACUCGGCCACCUGCGGCCGCCUGUACUGGCGGGGAGCUGGGCAGGGCGCCAUCACCGAGGACAUGCUGUGUGCUGGCUACCUGGAGGGGGAGCGAGACGCCUGUCUGGGCGACUCCGGAGGCCCCCUGAUGUGCCAGGUCGAGGGCACCUGGCUGCUGGCGGGCGUCAUCAGCUGGGGCGAGGGCUGUGCGGAGCGCAACCGGCCCGGGGUCUACAUCAGCCUGGCCGCCCACCGCUCCUGGGUGCAGAGGAUCGUGCACGGGGUGCAGCUCCGCGGGCGCGCGCAGCGGGGCGGGCCCACAGGCCGCCGGGGCUGGGCCCUGGGGGCGCGGGGCCGAGAGGCGCCGCGCGGACUAGGGACCAGGGGAGACCUCUCGCGGUCUCCUCCGCUGUAA